CAAUUUGCAUUUCAAAUCAAAAUCUCUCUCUCUUAAACAAAUCACUAUUAACAAACACUAAAAGUCUAAAAGUUGAAGUUUCUUCUACUGCAAGUCAGCGAAGAUGACCGCACUCAAAGCCGAAGAGCAAAACCAUCUACAGCUUAUGGAGCGAGAAGAAAUGGAUGGCGAAGACGACUUGUUCGAAGCAAUCGAAAAGUUGAUCAAUCAAGGCAUCAAUGCUGGAGAUGUCAAGAAGCUUCAAGAUGCAGGUAUUUACACCUGCAAUGGCUUGAUGAUGUUCACGAAGAAGCACUUGACUGGAAUCAAAGGAUUGUCCGAGGCCAAAGUUGACAAGAUUUGUGAAGCUGCUGAAAAGAUAGUAAAUUAUGGCUAUAUAACCGGAAGUGAUGCUCUGCUCAAAAGGAAAUCUGUGAUUCGCAUCACAACUGGAAGUCAAGCCCUGGAUGAACUCUUAGGGGGUGGGAUUGAAACUUCGGCUAUCACAGAAGCUUUUGGGGAAUUCCGAUCCGGGAAGACACAGCUCGCUCAUACUCUUUGCGUCUCUACACAGCUUCCUACACAAAUGCAUGGUGGAAAUGGAAAGGUUGCUUACAUUGAUACUGAAGGAACUUUCCGACCUGAUAGAAUUGUCCCUAUAGCUGAAAGAUUUGGAAUGGACCCAGGAGCUGUCCUUGACAAUAUCAUUUAUGCCCGUGCAUAUACUUAUGAGCAUCAAUACAACUUGCUUCUUGGUCUGGCUGCAAAAAUGUCUGAAGAGCCAUACAGACUUCUGAUUGUUGAUUCUGUUAUCGCUCUCUUUCGGGUGGAUUUUACUGGAAGGGGAGAGCUUGCAGAGCGUCAGCAAAAAUUGGCACAGAUGCUGUCACGGUUGAUAAAGAUAGCUGAGGAAUUUAACGUUGCAGUCUACAUGACCAACCAAGUCAUAGCUGACCCAGGUGGAGGAAUGUUCAUAUCAGAUCCGAAAAAACCAGCAGGAGGGCAUGUGCUUGCCCAUGCAGCCACUAUCAGGUUGAUGUUCAGGAAAGGCAAAGGUGAACAGCGGGUAUGCAAGGUGUUUGAUGCCCCAAAUUUGCCUGAGGCUGAAGCAAUAUCCUUAAUCUCGAUACAAUUGGUUUUGCUUUACCUUUUGAUUCUGGUUUAAUUAAUCAUGUUUUCAUGAAAAAAUGAUUAUAUGAUACAGGGUUGGCUUCUUUUUUGAUAAAAUGAUAAAAAGGCUGCUGAAGUAAAAUCCGAAGAACAAUAAUGCGUCUUCUCUGAUCCUAAUUUCCAGCCAAGUGUUUAAUAGUUAUUGAGAAGUUAUUCUUGACCGAAGCACGUGUUUCAGAUAACAUCAGGAGGCAUUGCAGAUGCAAAGGACUAGAAAAUGACACUGCUAGAGGUGCUUCUGCUGAGCUAUAGGAGUUGGAAGUAGUAAAAUAUCUCAUUUUUCCUGCUAUCUACUCGUAGAUUUGUUAUAUGCGUGCUUCUGCUGGAGAAAUGCCAUUGACAGUAUUCAACUUAUCUGUAUGCUGUUUUAAAUGGUUUUCUCAUGGCUGUUCUUGUCCUUUUGUUUUCGAACCACGUGGCCGCUCUUGUCCAUGCUUCGAAUUUCCUAACCUCUUUGACAAACGUGAGCCUAGAUGUAGAGUAGCAGCAUUCGUUGAAAACAAAUGGGACCACUGUACCGCUUCCUUUAUACAAUUUAAUCCUGCAAGGUUCCUUUUUA